UCCGUGAGCGAUAGUUGAACGCGUAUCGCGUAUCGCAUAUACUCGACGUCGACCGACGGCGUUGAGCCACGCGAGGCUGGUGCUCGCGAUUAGCGAAACCGAACGAUCGCGGUCGACCCUCUCCCCCCGUUCCUCGAUACGUCCACGGUCCCCUGUGCGUUUGCGAAAAAGUGUGCGUGGCUCGCGUCGGACGACGAACGCGCGGCUCUCCGGCUGCCGAUGCGCGUGGCGGCGGCGGCGGCGGCGGCGACGACGGCGGUGGUGGUGCUCGAAGGGUGUGGUGUGCGGAGAGCAGGUGUCCGCGAGCGCAGCCCGACCGUGAAACGAGCAGAGGCCGGAAGCGGACGGGCACGGCAUGAGUUUCGACCGGAGCGGUUGCCGCUAGGACGGAGACCGGAGAACCGGCCUCUGCCUCUGCCUCUGCCUCUGUCUUUGCCUCUGUCUCUGCGAGCUACUCGUCCCACGGCUUCGACGGCGAGCCGAGCGGAUUGGCCCAGGAGGGGAACCCUCCUGUAGCAUGUCGACGCCGCCGAGAACCGGAAGCCCGUACGGCAGCGCGGCCGGCGACAGCGCGGCCGGCGACAGCCCGGCCGGCAGCCGGGCCGGCAGCCGAUCCGACAGCCGGGCCGACAGCCGGGCCAGUCCCGGCAGCCCGAGGACACCACGUGGCGGCAGUCUGCAGGACCGGAUCAGCUUCUUCGAGCAAGAGCUGUUCCAAGGCGCCGAGUCGAGGAGACAGUUCAGGUUGGCCGGCAAUCCGAAGCUGGCCCUGUCCAGGACCGGGGACUCCUCGUUCGAGGAGAGCUUCGAGAGGCUGGUCGAGGAGGGCGAGCUGAACGGGGCCAAAGUGGUCAAGUUCGAGAAGAUCACCGUUAGGAAAAGCGUUCGGGAGAUGAUCGGCGGCGUGUCGCAUCGGCUGCUCGCCGAAACCAGCAGGACUCCCAGCGACGAGCACACCCUGGAGGAUUCCGCUUAUCAGAGUCAGAGUCAGAGCCAGAGCCAGAGCCACGGCUACGGCCACGGCCAUGGCCGCGACGAGACCGGCCACGCCAGCAAGUCCAGCUCGGUCGCCUCGUUCACCAGAUUCCCGUCCGAGGAGAGUCUGUCGCAGAGGAGGGGCAGCAGCCCCCUGCAGCAUCUCGGACCCGACGAUCGAACCCCGGAAUGGCGUACCGAGUAUCGCGCCGCGAGAGGCUUCCAAAACGCCUCCAGGAUCGAGUUCGUGCGCAGCAAGAGCGAGUACGACGCACACAUCGUCGCGAUCAAAGACGAGCAAGAAAGAGUCCAGAAGAAGACCUUCGUCAACUGGAUCAACUCGUAUCUCUCGAAGCGAAUGCCACCGUUCCACGUGGAGGACUUGAUCGAGGAUCUGAAAGACGGUACCCGCCUACUCGCGUUGCUCGAGGUGCUGUCCGGCGAGAAGCUGCCGGUCGAACGGGGCCGUAAUUUGAAGAGACCGCACUUUCUCAGUAACGCCAACACCGCGCUGCAGUUCCUACAGAGCAAGAAGAUCAAGCUGGUCAACAUAAACGCGUCGGACCUGGUGGACGGACGACCUCCCGUGGUUCUCGGCUUGAUAUGGACCAUCAUCUUAUAUUUCCAGAUCGAGGAGAACACCAGAGCUUUGGAAUAUCUCGGUCACACGUGGGGCAGCCAGAGCAGCUUGGAAAGUCUGAGCACCCAGGGUUCGGCGGCUAGCGAGAGAAGGCGCAUCAGCAGCGAGAAAUGGAAGCAGGGCGCCAGAAAAACGCUCCUUCAAUGGGUCACCAAUGCUCUGCCCAAGGACAUCGGCAUCCAGGUGCGCGACUUCGGCGAGAGCUGGCGAGACGGGAACGCGUUUCUGGCCAUCAUCGACGCGAUCAAGCAGAACCUGGUCAACGUAGCCGCCAUGAGAGAGGCCUCGAACAGAGCUCGCCUGGAGACGGCGUUCCAGGUGGCCGAACUCGAGCUAGGCAUCGCCAGGCUUCUCGACCCCGAGGACGUGGACGUUCCCCAGCCCGACGAGAAGUCGAUCAUGACGUACGUCGCGCAAUUUUUACACAAAUAUCCGGAGCCAGGAUCCGCGGCCGCGGACUGUUUCGCAGCCGUGCAACAAGAGUACGACGGAUUGUCGGCCUGGCUCGGCGAUCGGAUCAGGAACUUGGAGCAGUUGGACAGGACCAAUUCGUUCCCGUUGAGCUACGCGGACUACCUUGCUCUGAAGACGGAAGCCGACAAGCGGUUCGUGGUGUACGAUAAGCUGCGGCGUCUCGUCGAAACGCCUAGUACGAUCAGCAUCACGAGAGACUCUUGGAGACGGGUGCAGAGCCUGUGGAACGCCUUCGAGAUUCUUAUGUUGCGCUGGCUCUGGAGCCUGGACUCGAGUCUUCCGGGCGAACUGGGCGAAGCCGGCAGGUGGCUGGCGCGCGCGGAAGCCCUCCUCAUUUCCGACAACGACAUCCCCGAGGAGAUGACCGAGGAAACGGCCAACGUGAUAUCGAACAAGCUGGAGGAACACAAAAAGUUCUUCCUAGACCUGCCAGCUACCACGGAGAAGUUCCAAACGGCCAGAAAUUCUCAGCUCUCGUUGCACAUGCAGCCCCGGCAGCUGAACGAUAUGGCGGCGCGAUUCGAUAGCCUGCCGGACCGUGCCGCGAAGCGGAGAAUUCGAUUAAAGUUCCUGGAGCACAAGUGCUGUCUCGUCGCUUUCUUGUUCCUAGUCGAGACCAAGCUCAAGGGUUGGAGCGUGAAAUACGGCACCGAGGAGAAGGUGCAUCAGAUGCUGGAGCAGUAUAGAAACUUCGUGUCCCGGAACAGAAUCUUCCAAGAAUUCCAGAAGGCCUAUCUGGACAUGCAACAGGUCGUCGAGGACUACAAACGAGACGGUAACGUUGAUCGAGAGGAAAGCCUGAGCAUCGACCGCUUCAUGAAAGAGACCAGCGACAAGUGGAAGAGCGUGUCGAUGGACCUGCGCUGCGUGCAGAGCAUGCUCGAGGAAGUGGUGGCCUACUGGCGUCGAUGGAACGUCGCGUCGGACGAGUUCGAGACCUGGUUGGUCCGCGCCGAACCUGCCUUGAACCUGCCCGAAGAGGAGAGAAUGGAGUUCUUCCAGGACAUCAGCGUCUGGAAGGAGAAGCAUCAGCGAUUAUCGGACACGGUGACUUUCCUGAUCGCGACGUCGGACGAGCCUGUGGCUCUUCGACUGAAGCAACGUUACACGAACCUCGCGGCUCGAUGGGAGUCCAUGUUCCAAGAGGCCAAGCAGUACAUGCACGCCGGCGAUUUGAUCCGAAACAGAAAGGACUACAGGGCCGGGAUGGAGACGUUGCAGAGCUGGCUGAGGAACGCGGAGACCGCGCUGGCGGCCACCGAUUUGACGACCACCGAAAAGAUCAAGGCCUACGGCGAGAAGCUUCAAGCGUUUCACAACGAAGUCGAAGGAGUGGAGGACCUUUUCAAGAGCAUCAGCAAAAAGUUUCAAACCUUGAUCCAGGAUCUGUCUCGCGACGAAGUCGACAGGAUGAUGAACACCCUGAAGAAGGAGAAGGAAGCGUUGGUCAAGGUCAGAGCGUUGAUCCCGAUGCAGCUGCACUUGUACCAUCAGCUGUUGGUACAGCAGGAGUCUCUCGAGGCUGGACAGAAGGAGAUAGCCGCCUGGUUGGACGAGGCGGAUAGGGUGCUCGCCGGCGCGGAUCUGUCGGGCGGCAGGGAACAAAUUCUGGCUCGAUUGGAUCGUCACAAGGCCUUCUUCUCCAGAACCCUUUAUUACAGAUCGAUGCUCGAGUCGAAGAACAAGGUGUUCACCAGCAUGGUCAAGUCGGUCGACAGCCACGCCGACGUGGCCUCGGCCGAAGGCGGCAAGACCUUGAGAGAACUGAACGACAGGUUCGACGGAGCGUCUCAAGCCGCUCAGCUCUGGGAGCAACGGCUUCAGGAAGCCGUCAGGUGUUGGACGAGGUUCAACGAGUCCGAGAGACAGGUCUCCGAGUGGCUGACCGUGGCCGAGACCACGAUGAACGACAAGCACACGGACAGCAGCAGACAUUUGCUCGAGUAUCGGAAAGAGUUGUUCGCUCGCGCCAACGAGAAAUGGAUUCAGGAGUUCGCGAACGCCGGCCAGGAUCUGAAGAACGUUUUGCCCGUCGAGCAGCAAGCCCCUGUCACCGAAGCCGUGGAAACUCUUCGAAAACGUUGGAAGAAGGUGUUGACCUUGGCGCCCCUUCAUCUAAUGGGGCUCGAGUUUCGAUUGUACGAGAUCACCUUCCUCCGCUAUCUGAAGGAUCUGGAAGCGGAGCUGAACGCCGAACAGCAGGCCCUGACGAAGAACGACAACGCGGAGAGCAUUCUGCAGAGAAACAAAGAGUUCUUCGUUAAGCAGGGCACCAUCCUCGAGGUCGAGAAGUGCCUGGAGGCUUUGAAGAAGAUCGGCAAGGCGUACAGCCUGCUGAAGCCGGACGACGACAGUCUCGCCGAGGCUGCGCGGAACGCCGAGAGACUCUGGGAAGACUCCGCGCAGCGGGUGGAGAGCCUGCGAGAGCAGCUGAAGCAGGUUCCUCAGCAAUGGGCUGCCUACAAGAAAAAGUUCGACGAGAUGGUGAGAUGGAUGGACCACGUGGACAGCAACCUGAGGACCAUUUUGCACGAGGUGAACACCUUGGAGGAGUUCGAGACCGAGAAAACGAUAUUCCAGAAAAUCUGUCGGGAAGCGGACAGCAAACGCGAAGAGAUGAAGUGGCUGGUACAGACGCUGGACAGUUUGACCUCGAAUCGAUCGGACAACGAGGCUCUGUCGGAGCAGAAUCGGCUCGAGCAGCUGAUCACGCGGUACAAGAACCUGAUACCGACCAUCGAGAUCACGAUGACAAAGACGGACAUCUACUCGAAGAGCUACACCUACAGGAAGGAGGUCCGCGAGGUGUGCACUCUGCUGCGCAAGGUGCGCGAGCAAUCGCAGGUCGACGCCGUGGUCGCGGAGGGCCCGGAGAGCCUGCGCACCGCCGUGGCCCAUCAGGAGAGUCGUCUGAGCCAGCUGGAGCACCAGCGAUCGAACAUCGUCAGCAUGCUGCAACGCGGCAAAGAUCUGCUCAAGGACCAGCACGCUCCCCAAUUCUUGUCCGUGGAGGUCCAACAGCUGAAAUCCAGCUGGAACGACACCUACGGGCAGAGCGUCGAGACGUUGAAGUCGUUGAAGAGCUCCGAGAAAUUGUGGAGCACCUACGAGGAACAGAAGGAGGAGAUUUUCAAGUUGAUCGAACGAGCCGAAGAGGAGCUGAGCAAAAUCGAAACGGCCGGUUACCGCGACGCUUCCGAAGCGUCCUCCGAUCUUCGGAGCAAACAGGAAUUCGCCUCCGGCUGGAGAAAGUCCGCGGAAGAACUGCUGAAGAAGCUUCGCGAGACUUACGGGAACUUGACCGACGUCGCUCCGACCGAGAAGAAGGAGAUCCUCGGGAAGGAGAUCGCGCGAACGGAGAAGAAGAUCGAGACGACCCUGAGGACCGUUCAGGAGAAGGUGGUCUACCUGCAGGAGCACAGCACCAGGUGGAACAAGUUCCAGGCAAAGUUGAACGAGCUGCAGCUCUGGACGCAACAGAGUCCUCGGUCCAUCGCCGAUGCCGAGAAUUUGUCCACCAGCCCGGAGGAGGUGGUCUACAGGACGGAGAGAAUCGAGAAGGAGAUCCAGGAGAAGAGCAGGACGUUGACGUAUCUCGAGGAGGAGUCCCAGAAGCUGGUGAAAGGCGACGGCGAGACCGAGCCGGGCAAGCGGCUCCGCGGCGACAUCGCGAACCUGGAGAAGACCCUGGAUACCCUGAGGGAGAGCAUCGUCGUUCAAAAGCAGACCGCCAUGCGGAACCUGGAGACCUGGAAGGAGUACGAGAAGGGGAUUCGAGCGCUGAAACCCUGGAUAGAAGAAGCGGAAUCGAAGGCGGCCACGAUCGGCAGUAAACCGACGAGCCUGGCCCAGGCAGCCCAGAUGCUGGAGACGGCUAGAGCGUUCGAGGGCAGGUGUCGGCAACGGUUUCCCGAGAUACAGGACUUGUCGUUAGUCAGCCAACGAAUAUCGGGAAAGACGUCGGCUUCCGACGAGGUGGACGCCGUGCAUACUCGAUGGAACGCCGCCCACGACGUGGCUGUACAGACGACCACCAAAUUGGACAAGCUGGUGACCUCGUGGUACAGUUUCGAGACCGAGAUCAAAGAGUUCGACGAGUGGUUGGAGAGAUCGGAGAAGACGGUGUUGUCGGAGCCGAACACUCGGACACCGGAGGUGUCGGUGCUUGAGAAGGAGUUGACCAGGUUGAAGGAUUUCAACAAGACCGUUUCCGAUCACCAAGCUCGGCUGAUCUCGUUGACGCAGGUGUCCGAUCACAUCAGCCACGGUUUAUCCUUGGAGGGUGCGACCAACUUGAAGGGCCGCGUGUCGGACAUCAAAGCCAGAGUCGGCAAACUGGCGGACACGGUUCGACUGCAGAUCAACAAGGUGUCCGACUCUCUGCUGGCUCGUCAAGAGUUCCAGAUGAAGAUAGCCGACUUCGAGAACUGGAUGUCGCGGAUGAGAUCGAACGUCGCGGAGAUCGGCGAGGCCACGGUCGACACCGUCGACGCGAAUCUUCAAGCGGUGCACGCUUACAUUCAGGAACACUCCGAGAAACAGCCCGGCUUCGCCGCGAUCUACAACGAGGUGAAGCAACUGUCGUCGAACGGGUCCGUCGCCGAGGCGGCCGCUCUCGACGAGACCUACACCAACUUGACGAGAAAGUACAAGGCGUUGGAGGACGAUCUCGGCCAGAAGAGAAAGGGUCUCGAGAGAUGGAUCGAAUUCCUCAGCUGGACGAACGAUGCCAACGCUCAGCUGAGUCACUGCAAGUACGAAGCGGAGGCGAGGAAGCCGACCGUCGCCGAUCUCGAGAGAUUCUCCUCGGAGCUGCGGACGAUCAACGACAAGAUAGAAGGUUGGAAGCGGCACGCGUUGCCCGACGCUGCGACCGGCAUCGAGAUAAGGGACAAACGAGGCAAACCGUUGUCGGCGUCCGGUCUGCUGAUCGAUUUGGAGAACAAAGCCACCGCGUUGAAGAACGAGAUAUCCCUGAAGCGAGACAGGCUCGAGAACCUGGACGCGCGGUGGAACAAUUUCAAGAGCCUGCAGCAGCGCGUCACCGAGAACAUUCUCAAGACUCAGACGGCUCUUCAGGAGACCGUUUGCAACGCGGCCGCCUGCGAACAGCUGGCACCGGCGGUGGACAAGAUCGACCAGCUGAUCGAGGAGCACCGGAACAGGGACCGCGAGAAAGAGACCCUUCGUUUCGAAGGCGGCACCUUGAUGAAGGAGGAUCAACGAUCGACGACCAACGUUCAGGCGAUGCUAUCGUCCGUCGACGCCAACUGGGAGAAGGUGAACGAGCUUCUUCGCGAGCAAAGGAAAAAGUACGCCGACAUGGACAACGACUGGAAGGCGUACCAACGAGCCAGACAGAUGGUGGAGAAGUCCGUGGAGGAGGCCGUCGAUCUGUGCCGAUCCGUCGAGGGUGCUCCGCCUUGCGACGUAACGCGAGCCAACGUGGCUCUCGAGAAGCACAAAAAGGCGUUGGACGCGUUGAAGAAGGGAAAACAAUUUCUGGAUAAAAUGGAGUCCGAGACGCAGCAAUUGACCAGGGAGGCCAGCCUGAUGCCCGCGUUCGAUUCGGAACUGAUAGAGUCCGAUCUGCGCGAGGUCCGACAACGUUAUCAGGACGCGUACAACGACGUCGCCGAGAAACUGCAGACUCACGAGACACGGGCCAUCAUGUGGAAGCAGAUCGAAGAGUCGAAGACGGAGCUGACCAAGUGGCUCUGCAACACGAACGAGUCCCUGACCAGCGGCAGCGAUCGUCGGCUCGACGCCGAGAACUGUCAGGCCAGGUUGCUCAGAUAUCGAGAAGAGCUGCCGGGUUAUCGGCAGCUCUAUCAAAAUAUCGUCGCCAAGAUGGAUCAGCUGACGAGGAUGGACAACGGCGCGGACAUACCGACCUUGAGUUUGUCGCGGCAGCUGUUGGACGACCAGUUUCAGGUUGUGAAGAGCUCCGCGGACAAGUUGGAGACGUUGACGUCGACCAUGAACGAAACGGAGAGGUCGAUCAGACAGGAGAUGAAGAGGUGCGGGGACCGGAUCUCCAAGGUACGGGAGGAAAUCGUGAAAUGCGACGAUCUGACCGGCGAGAACACGAAGAUCCUGGGACGAAUCAACAAAUGCCGGGAACUGAAGUCCGAGCUGGAACGGUGCGACCACGCGUUGUCCAAGGUCGAGGCGACGUUGACCGAGUCGUCGACCGAGUAUCCGAGCAUCUCCAGGUCCACCCUGCCCAAAGAGCUGCAAGCUCUUCGGCUCCGAAGGGACGGCGUCGACAGCCACGCCGGCAAAGUGAUCGCCACCUUGGUGGCGUUUCUGACCAAGCUCUAUCACGAGAAGUUCGGCGCUCUGCAGCGCAUGGUGGCCACCUUGAAAGAGAAGGUGGCCUGGUGCGAGCCCGAGCAGAGCAGCGACCGUUACAACCUCGAGGUGAAGAUGGCGUCGCUGAUGGACGUCGAGGCCGCGAUCGCGGACUGCGUCGCCAGGAAAGAGGACACCGACGAUUCUCUGGAACUGCUGGCUUCGGUGGAGAGCGCGGAGACGAUGGCCGCGUCGAAGGCCGAUCGGGACAGGGUCGCCGUCGAUCUCGAUUCCCUGAAGUCCGGCUACGUAAAGAUCAAGCGCGACUUGGAGAACAACAUCGGUCUAUGGCAGCGUUACGAGUCGACGUCGGAGAACGUGUUGUUCUGGCUGAAGGAGAACGAGAACAGGAUCAGGGGCGAGGCGUCGGCGUUGUCGAAUCUCGAGGACCUCGAACGGAAGAUCGCCGAGACGAGCGAGAUGCGGCGCACCGUGACGGAAUACGAAGGAGAGCUGAGAGAGCUGACGGCCCUUGCCGAAGACAUCGCCAAGGUCAGCUCGGAAUCCCGCGUGAAUCAGUACAUAGGACACCUGAACACCCGUUACGAAUACGUGCUCAAGUUCCUGGCGCAGCACUUGCAAAUGCUGAGAGAGCUGAAGGAGAACGGGGACCGAUACGCCGCGAACAAGACCAAGCUGGAGAAGUGGAUCGGCGAGGCGGAACGGAAGCUGACGAUCUUCGACGAGAUCACCGGCCCGAAGCCGAUCACCUUCUACCAAUCUCGGCUGAAAGAGCUGAAGGCGUUCGCCGAGGACAGAGAGGUCGGCCAAGCGAUCCUGAACAGAACCGCGGAGGCCGGGGAAGCGCUUUUCCCUAGGAUCACGGCCGACCGGAGGGAGACGAUCAGGGCGGAGCUGAGGAACUUCAGGAACCGGGUGGACGCGACGACGGACCGCGCGAACGCGAUCUACAAGAAGAUCGAGAGCGACAUGAUGCACAGAUCCUCGUUCGAGGACAAGUUCUCGCAGGUGAAGCAGUGGCUGGUCGACGCGCGGAACAAGCUCGGCGAGAAGCAGGAGCUGCUGCCGACGCUUCAGGAGAAAAAGCUGGCGUUGCAUCUGCAGAAAGCCGUCGCGCAGGACGUCGCCGUUCACAAGAACGUUCUCCGGCAGCUGCAGGACCGGCUGAAGACGGCCCCCGACGACGAAGCCAGCGAGAUGCUGAGCAACGUGAUCGAGGCUUACGAGAAGCUGGAGAACGAGGUGGACGGGAGGAUCGACGUCGCCGAGAAGCACGUCUCGAAUCACGAGGCCUACCUGCAAACGUUCGAGAAGACGCGAGACUGGAUCGGCACGGUGAUCAACGAGGGGACACCGAUCGUCGAGGACUUCUCCGUGGUGGAGAGGGAAACGGCGCGGAACAAGAUCGCCUCGAUAGAGAACCUGUUGUCGCGCGAGGCCGAGGCCGACAGGAUUCUGGCCGACUGCAAUCAGCAGUUGAACAUCGUGCUGGAGCAGACCUCGAUGCCCGGACAUUCGGCUUUGCUGGCAAACUUCGAGCAGCAGAAGAAGAUUUGGGAGGAUUUCGUGAAGAGGUGCGCGGCGGCCGGAGACAGGAUGAAGCAGCUGUUCGAUCGGUGGUCGGAAUUCGAGAAGAUCCUGGAGGGUCUGGAGGCCUGGAUCAAGCGGACCGAGACGCAGCUCAAGGACCAGAGCCUGAGGAGCACCGAGGAGGCGAAGAAGACGCACCUGCGGAAGCUCGAGUCUCUCGAGGAGAGCGUUCUAGCGAAAGCGGCCGAGUUCAAUGCCGCCGCCGAGAGGUGUCAGAGCAUCGAAGCCGACGCGGACUUGGCCACCAGGGUCUCGAGGUCGACCACCAAGUACCAAGCCCUGAAGAAUCAGAUAAAGGAGGCGGUGUCGCGGUACGAGCAAUUCGCGAGGGAGCACGAGGCGUUCAACGUCAAGUACGAGCAACUGGUGCAGUGGUUCCGGGAUAUUCGCGCGGAGCUCGAGAAGCACAGCGAGGUGGUCGGCGAUUUGUCGGUGUUGCAGAGCAGGCAGAAGCUGAUACGCGAUUUGGGAGACACCAGGACGAAGGAGAACGCGCGGUUCGAGUCGGUGAUCGAUCUCGGGGAGAAGCUUUACGCUCACACGUCCCCCGACGGACGAGAGAUCAUCAGGCAGCAGCUGAGAAACUUGAGAACGCUCUGGGACGGGUUCACCGAGGACCUGCAGAACACCAUGCAAAAGUUGGACCAGUGUCUGAUGCAGUUCGCGGAAUUCUCUCUAUCGCACGAACAGCUCACCGCCUGGCUGAGGGACGUGGAGCGAGCGAUGCACCAGCACACCGAGCUGAAGUGCACCCUGGAAGAGAAGAGGGCUCAGCUGCAGAACCACAAGAUCAUGCACCAAGAGAUCAUGUCUCAUCGAACCCUGGUCGAGAACGUUUGCGACAAAGCGCAGCAGCUGGUCGAUCAAACCAAGGACACCUCGCUGAACGUUUUUCUACCGUCCAUCAAACAGUUGUUCCGCAACAUCGUGGCCAAAUCGAAGGAUCUGUUGGAGAACUUGGCCGACUGCGUCGAGAAGCACAGCAGAUUCAAUCUGCGAGCGAAGGCCUUCUCCGAUUGGUUGAACAACGAGAGAGAGAAGCUGGCGGAGUGCAACGACCUCGCCGGAGAACGCGCGGACAUCUCGAGGAGGUUGGCUACCCUGACCUCCUUGAAAACCGACCAGAUGCAAGGUGCCGAGCAUCUGGGCAAGCUGAAGGAACUGAGCGAUUCGGUGAUCAAGAGGACCGCUCCGAAAGGAUGGGACGCCGUUAACAAGGAGAUCGCGGUGCUGGAGAGCAGCCUGCGGCAAUACUUGAGCGAAAUAGAAUCCGUGGAGGAGAAGCAGAAGGCGGCGCUGCAGAAGUGGCAGGACUUUGACGACAAACUGGAAGCGCACGCGAAAUGGUUCUGCGCGAUGGAGGCUGCGUUCCGGGACCAGCAGCUGCAGCCUACCUUGGCGGACAAGGAGGCUCGUCUGCGAGCCCUCGCGGAGAAACGCGACGCCGUACUCAAGGAGGAGUCCAAGAUCGACGAAUUCGUCGACAAGUCGCACAGCUUGCAGCAUGCCAGCGGCGUGGAGCGCGUGAAACCCUUGAUCUCGCAAACCAGCAACAGGUACCAAUCGCUGCUCGUGCUCAGCAAAGAGGUAACGACGCGCUGCCAGAGCAUCGUGGACGACCAUCGAGCCUAUUCGGACAAACUGAACGCCGUCGACGCCUGGCUCGGCCAAUUGGAACAGAGUCUGUCGAGCCUGAAGAGAGACGAGGCGGACGGCAACCUCGAAGAGAAGACGUCCAGGCUGCGAAUCCUCCUGGCCGAGAAGGAGCAAGGCGAGCAUCGCCUGGGAAGCUUGAUCUCCUUCGGAGAGAGGAUCCUGGCCGAUACUUCGGCUCAAGGGCGAGAGCUUGUCCGUCACGAGCUGAGACAAGCCAGGGAACGCUGGGAUAAACUGGUCGAAGGAAUAUCCGAACAGCAGAAGAGACAGGACGCUCGGUCCUUGCAGUGGACCAACUAUCGAGAAACUCUGCAGCAGAUCCUGGCAUGGUUGGACGCUAUGGAGAGGUCCGUCAAGCAGGAUUCCGCGGUCGCUUGGUCGUCUCUUCAGGAAAUCAAAUCCAAGCUGUCCAAGAGCAAGGCGACGCACCAGGAGAUCCUCGCCUACAAACGCAUCAUCGAAGGCGUCUCGGAGAAAGCGAACGCGCUGACCUGUACCGCGCAAGCGCCGUCGGACGCUAAACAAAAGGCUGCCUCGGUCUCGGAAAGAUACGACGACCUGGUCGACGUGUCCCAGAGGAAUAUAUCGAAUCUGGAGACUCUGCUCGACACCUUCCAACAGUUCUACGACCUGCAAAAGUCCUAUCAGGACUAUCAGAAGCAGCAGUGGGAACAGCUGACCAAUUACAGCGACUACACGGGCAACAAAGCUGCUCUUCAAGCUCAGUUGACGAAAAUUAUGGAACUGCAGGACGCUCAGAGAGAGGGCGAGCUAAAGUUGAAUAUUCUGAGCGAACACGUUGCUCGGAGCGCUCAUAAUCUGACGCCGAGGUCUCUGGAGUCCAUGGAGAGGGACCUGGCUACGCUCAGAUUCGAGCACAAAAAGUUCGCCACCGCCGUGACGGAUAUAAUACGCUGUAUCGAAGAGAGAAUCCAACAAUGGAGCGAGUACGAAAACUCGUUGGAUCGACUAUUGGCCUGGUUGGCCGACGCGGAAUCGUCCCUGAAGAAUUACUCGUUGAAGAACACCCUCGACGAGAAGCAGGAACAACUCGAGAAAUAUCGGGCACUACAAAAAACCGCCCUGUCGUGGGACACGGAAGUGACGGAACUGGUGGCCCUCGGAGACCACCUCGACCAAAUGUUGAUCGUGAAUUUGAGACAAAGCGAAGCCGAAUUCGACAGGACGAGCGACGAGUCUUCCGAGUUGAUGCAGAUAAGCGGAGAGACUAGAUUCUCCGCCAGCGUGCAGCAGAUCACGUCUCGGUUCCAGUCCAUCCAAGCUACCGCCAAGGAGCUGGUGAAGAAAUGCGAGCAAGCGGUGGCGGACCACGCGGCCUACCUGGAACGGUACAAGCAGUGCUCCGAGUGGCUGGCGAACGCUCGGACGAGCUAUCGAUCCAUCGAGGACGACUUUGGCGGGACUCGACAGGAGCUUACCUCGAACGUGACCAUUCUGAAGGAUUUGCUGUCCCGACGAUCGGCAGCCACGCUCUCGAUCAACAACACGGUGGAAGCUGGAGAACGAUUGUACCCGACGACCGGCGCGGACGGCCGAGAAAUCGUUCGCCAGCAACUGUUGGACCUGCAACAGGCGUUCGAGGAGUUGUACGACGGCAUUUCCUCGACCGAGCGAGAGCUCCGAUCGAAGAUUUCGCGAUGGUCCGGGUUCGACGAGUCGAACGAGAGCUUCGAGAAUUGGUUGAGGACCGUCGAGAGCCAACCGAAGCCCGAGAUCGAACUGAAAACGACGUUGGACGAGAAGAGAGCUCAGCUGCAGAUCUAUCGUAGUUUCUUGCACGACGUGCAGUCCCAUCAGCAGGAUCUGCUGGAUCUGAGAGACAAGGCGGAGAAUCUUCCCGAUUCGGCGGACAAGGUGCGACAGAUUCUGAGGAGGCUGAACGAAAGGCACGCCGCGGUGCUGAAACGCGCGGCGGCCUACGUGGAGAGGUACGAGGGCAUCGUCAGCGACCAUCAGCAGUACAGCAAGGCGGUGCUGGACACGCACGAGUGGCUGGACGCCACGCACAACGCCGUGAUCUUGUGGGGCGACACCGAGCUCGAAAGAGUGUCUCUUCACUCGAACCUGGAUCGCUUGAAGAACCUUAUGCAAUGUUUGCCGGAGGACGAGCCCAGAGUUCGGCAGAUCAGGGCUCUGGGCGAGAAAGUGAUACCCGGAACGUUGGAAUCCGGGCAGAUCAACGUCCGUUCGCAGAUCGACACCUCCCAGCAGGAGUGGGAGAGCCUCGUGACCGCGGUCGCUUCGACGAUAGAGUGUCUGGAGAACAAGUUGCAGCAGUGGAACGAGUUCGAGGCGUCCAGGGAAAGAUGCCUGGCCUGGAUGAGGGAAACCGACACCACGCUUCACGCGGUCGAUCUGAAGGCUAGCCUUCGCGAGAAGAAGGAUCAGCUGGAGACGCUGAGAACUCUCCAAGGUCGAGUCAGAGCGAAGGAAUUGGAGAUAGACGCCGUUACGGAGAAGGCUCAGCAGCUGCACAAGAAUUUGACCUCGAGGACCACGCAGAUGUCCGAGUUGAGCAUCAAGUACCAGCACAUCUCGAACAAGGUCAAGGAUCUGAACGGCAGAUGGCAGCUGUACGUUACCAGUCACCAAGAGUUCGACAACCGGGUGGCCGAGUGUACCAGAUGGUUGGACGACAUCGGGAAGAAGCUGGCUUACUGCUCCGACCUCGGGGCCUCGUCUCAGAAGGAUCUGGAGAACAAGAUGGAGAUCGUGCAGGAUCUGUUGCUCUACAAGGAGGACGGUUUCGCGAAGGUUCAGGGGAUCGUCGAGCUGGCUCAAGCCGUUCUGGCCAACACCGCGCCCACCGGCCACGGAGCCGUCAACGACGCGGUCGGCAAGCUGCAGGAGCAGUGGAGCGCGUUGGCCUCGAGAAUGCUGGAGACCAAGACGAACCUCGACGACUCCAUCAACAAGUGGGCCGGGCUCUUGGAGCAGAUCCAGUCGAUGAACAAGACGGUGGACUCCGCGCAGUCCGCGUUGAACGAAUUUCUGCCGUUCCAGACCACCAUGUCCGAGAAAAGGAUUCAGCUGGAGCGGAUAAAAGCUCUGGAGGAGAAGGUCCGUUGCGAGAACAUCGAGGUGGACGGCCUGAAGAUCAAGGUGGCCGAGAUGAUCGCCGGCGGACCUCGAGGCCUGGCUGCCUGCCAGGCGCAGAGUAUAUUGAACAGAUUCGACGCCCUGUUCGAGAAGAUCAGAUCGUUGCUGGCCGAACGGGAGGACCAGUACAAGGACCACAGGGUCUACAAGGAAGCUCACGACGAUAUCAUCAACUGGUUGAGCAGGGCUCGCGAGAAGAUUCCGUCGAUGAAACAGAGACCGCUCAGCGACAAGCUCGCGAUCGAGAACGCCGUGGCGCCUCUGGAGAGCUUGCUGAACAAGAAAGCGCAGGGCGAGCUGCUCGUCGAGCACCUGCAGCACACCGGGAAGGUCGUCUGCGCCAGCACGAGCCCGCGGGGCCAGGAGAUCGUCAAGAACGAGGUCAAGGCACUGACGCAGAGUUUCGAGGAGCUGUUCAAAGAGAUCAAGCAGCAAAAGGACCAACUGGAGCAAACGGUGAGCCAAUGGCGGGACUACAAGGACGAGUACGAGCGUUUGAGCGACUGGCUGCAGCAGUUCGACAUCCUGAUCAAGGCACAGAAAAACUCUCUUUUACCGAACGUCGCCGAGAAGGAGAAGCAGGUGCGAGAGGUCGAGGAGAUCCUGGACAAGUUGUCGAAGGGCCAGGAGCAGAUCGACGGGUUCAACGAGACGGCUUCGGGACUGCUGUCCUCGCACCUGGACACCUACGUGAACAAUCAGCUGCGCCACCUGAACUCGCGCUACCAGGUGCAGGUGAAUCUGGCCAAGGACGUGCUGAACAAAGUCGAGACCAAUCUGGCCCAGCACAAGGAAUACGAGGCCAACCUGGCGAAAACUCGCGCUUGGAUCGAGAACGCGAAGCGGAUCAUUCGCAAGGGAACGGAAGCGGCUUCCACCAGCAGCAGGGACGAGUUGCAGAACAGGCUGGACAAUAUUCAAGAGUUGUUGAGAAAACGGGAAGAGGGCCAGAACUUGGUGCACUUGACGGUGAAUUGCGGCGAGAAGGUCGCGCGGAACACGAGGUCGGACGGCCGCGAGGAGAUCAACGCGCAGCUGAAGGAGAUCCAGAACGACUGGGAGCGGCUGGUCAAGAAGAUCUCGACGACGAAGGUGCAUCUGGAGACGAGCCUGCUUCAGUGGGCGGACUACAGCUCGUCCUACUUGCAGCUGCAACAGUGGAUCAACGACCGCGAAGCCAAGCUGCAGCAAGUUUGCGAGCAAAAGGUGUCGAAAGCUAGGAAAGGCCUGGCCGGCCUGAGUUCCUUGGCUAUCGGGGAGAGGAAGGCCAACCUGAGACAGACCAACAGCAUCGUCCAGGACAUCGUCGCCUUCGAGCCGAUGAUCCAGUCGGUCACGACCAAGGCCGAGGAUCUCAGACAGGCCACCCCGGCCACCGAGAUCUCGAUCAAGUACGAGACUCUGAGCAAACAGGCGCAAGAGUUGUAUGCUAAACAGAAGGAGACGGUCGAGCUGCAUCAGGCGUUCAUCGACGGCGGCAACGAGUUCGUUCAAUGGAUCAGGGCCGCCAAAGAGAGGCUGGGCAAGUGCUCCGAACCUACCGGAGACAAGGAGUCCUUGGCGAACAAGAUCACCCAGCUGAAGGUGCUGCAGAGCGAGCUACCCGAAGGCCAGAAGAAGCUGGAGCACGCUUUGGAGCAGGGCAAUGCUGCCUGCCAGAUCGCCAACGAGGAAGACAAGGAGAUCAUCGAAGAAGAGGUGGCGCUGCUUCAAGAGGAAUACGACAGCUACGUGGACUCGCUGAACAACACCAAGAGCCUGCUAGAAGUAGGAAUAGUCAAGUGGACCGAGUACGAGGAUCAGUUCUCCGAGGCUACCGAGUGGCUCGCGCAGACGGAGCAGCUGGUGCAGUCGUUCAACAAGCUUCAGGAUAGCCUGGAAGAGAAGAAGAACGUCCUGGAGCAGUUCCAGAUUCAUUUGCAGACGCUGUUCGAUUGGCAGAAGGAGCUGGAUCGUCUGAACAUGAAGGCUCAGAUGCUGCUGGAGACUUGCGCCGACACUAGGAUCUCCAACGCGGUCACGCAGUUGACGACCAAGUACAACGCGCUGCUGUCGUUGGCGAAGGAGAUCAUGCGUCGGUUGGAGCUGCACUAUCAGGAACACCAGCAGCACAACACGCUCUACCAAGAGUGCCAGGACUGGAUCGAGAGGACCCGAGACAAGUUGGGCGAGUGCAAGGAGAUCCCCAGCACUCUGACCGAAGUGAACAACAAGCUGCACACCUGCAAGGCGAUCAGGCAGACCCUGGAGCAGGGUCAGAACAAGCUGAGGUACGCGUUGGAAUUGAAAGAGAAGGUGAUCAUGAACACGGAGCAGAACGGAGCAGCGAAGAUCCAGGAGGACACCGAGAAUCUGAAGACGGAGUUCGAGAAGCUGCUGGCGAACGUGGAGGACAUCAGGCAGAAGCUGGCCGCGAGAGCCGGCGCUCUCGAAGAGCUGAACAAAAUCCACAGGCUUACCACGGACUGGAUCGAGGAGAUCGAGGGGAAGAUACAGCCUGGAGAGACGCGAAAGAACGAUCUCAGCGAGAAGAGGGCCGUCGUGGAGAAGUAUAAGACGGUUCAGAGGGACAUCCAAGGUCACGGCGAGACCGUGGAGCGGCUGAAGGCUCGAUUGGCCGAGGACUCGAGCAUCCCCGUUGGCCCUUACCAGUCCACCAUCGCCAAGUACAACGACCUGAACAAGCUGAUCGCCGAGAAAAUACGGAAACUGGAGGAGCAGGUCAACGACCACGAAAAGUUCCAGCAAGCGCUGAACGAAGCAUCGGACUGGGUGCGUCACGCCAAGCUCGAGCUGCAGCAACAUUGCGACACGCACGGCGAGAAGGAGCGGAUCGUCGAACGGGAGAGCAAGGUCGACCAGAUCGUCGCGUCUCUGCCCAGGGGAGAAUCCUUGAUCUCGAAGGUGAUCGAGCUGAGCGACGGAGUGAUCGCCGGCACGGGCCCGGAGGGCCAAGAGACCGUCGAGCAAGAAACGAAACGGUUGCAGGCCGAUUGGAAGUCGCUGCAAGCUCGAUGCCACGAGUCCCAGAACGUCUUGUCCAAUUGCAUCGCCAGCUGGUCCAAGUUCACGGCUGCCUUGGACAGCAUGAAGAGGUGGAUGGACCAUUUCCGAAAGAAGGUCAACGACGAACAGUCCAAGGAGAACAAGACGCCCGAGGAUCUGGUUCGUUGCAAGAGUCUCGUCGAAGAAGCCGUUCGGCAGAAACCGGUUCUCGAGGAUCUGAACGACGAGUGCGAGGCUCUGUUGGAGAUGAGCGCCUGCAGCUGGGCUCGGGACAAGACGGUGCAACUGCAGACAGCUUAUACCUCGUUGUUGACCGACAUGCAAGGCUUGGUCUCGAGGGUGGAGAAGAAUUUGUCCGAUCACACGGAGUUCCUAAAGGCCAAGAAGGAGAUGGAGGACUGGCUGCGCGUCGCCGGAGGAUCCGUGCAAGACUGCAUGGGCGUCGGAGACGCCGAAUGGGCCAAGGACAAACUCGAGACCGUCAAGAUCGUGGCAACUCGAAUCACCGAGGGUCAGCACCUGCUGUCGACUCUGCAGACAGCCUUCGCCAAGGCCAUCGACACGGCGGUUCCGGAACAGCAGGAUCGACUCAGGUCGGACAUGGCCGGACUUCGUUCCAGCUGGGAGCAGUUGAGCAUAGACUUGAACACGGUCCAGGCUCGGCUCAAGUCCCUCUUGACUCGCUGGGACGAUCACGCGGAGGCUCACGAGAAGCUGAAACUUUGGCUCGAGGAAACCCGGAAGACCGCGAGAGAUCUACCGGACACGAAAGGAGAGUUUGGCGACAUGAAAACGAUGUUGGAGCGGUACAAGCACAUGCAGGAGGAGGUUCGGAACAAAAGGACGGAGCUGGACCAUCUGAUGGACGAGGCCGGCGAGCUCUCGAAGCUGGCGAACAAGAACGAACCGCUGGACCGGACGAGAGCGUCGCUGAAGCUGUGGCAAACGUUGAGCGACGAGGUGGACGAGCGAAGGAAGAUGCUGGAGAACGAGAUGCGGGAGUACAACGCGUACCACGUUGCUCUGCAGGAGACCGAGAAGUGGCUGUUGCAGAUCUCGUUCCAGCUGAUGGCCCACAAUUCCCUCUACAUCACGAACAAGGAGCAAACCGUCGUCCAGAUCGAGCAACACGAGGCUCUGCUGCGAGAGAUCGAGAACUACACCGGCGUUCUGGACGAUCUGAAGGCGAAGGGCAACGGGCAGAUCGAUCGCUACGUGGCCGUAAAUCCGGACAUCGAGAACACGAUAGAGACGCAGCUGCGGAACGUGCAGGAGAGCUACAACUCUCUUCUGAACACCGCUCUGCAGAUCAAGAAGCGAUUGGCAGAAUCUUUGAUCAAAUUCCAGGACUACGAGAACACUCUCGAGAGUAUAAUGAAAAAUUUGGACGUCUACGAACCGGAGAUCGCGCGGGAGGCGGAAGCACCUACGGACACCUUGGAGCAGGCGAAGGAGAGGUUCGAGAACGCGCGCGCGUUGCACAAUAAACUGCAGGGAGAGAAGACCAGGCUCGCUCUGGCGGUCGAAGCUUGCGAGGCUGCCGUUGCUUGCGUGUCCAGGCCCGGAAGUCCGUUGGACGCACCGCCGGUGCAGAUACCUGCCAGGGAGGUCGAAGUUAGGACGAAAUUGGAGGAACUGAUCGAUCAGGCUCAAGGACACCUGAUGACCGUCACGAAGUCGCUGAACGAACUGGAGGAGCAGACCAGGCAAAAGAACGCCCUCAGAGCCUGGAUCACCCAGCAAAGAGCCCUCUGCGCCGAAUGGAAGUCCCGUCCGGCGAAGCUGCGAUCCGAAGCGGCUCAAGCGGAGCUCCAAGCGAUGAACGACCUCUCGAGCAACGUCGGAGAAAGAAGAAUUCACGCGACCACCGAACUGUCGUUGAACGAGGAGGAUCGGGACAUCGAGGAGGGUCUGGACAAGCUGGAAGCGGAGCUGACGGACGCCAUCUCCGGCAAACAAGCUGCUCAGGAGCUGAUUCACAAGUAUCGAUCGCAAGUGCAGAAUAUACAAUCCUGGCUGGACGGUUUGUCGAAGAAGGUCGACGCGGUGGAGAAGGGCAACGGGCAAACGAUCGGUCAGAAGAUAUCGAACGCGAAGGAGAUCUCUGCCGAGUUCGAGUCCCAGGGUCCCGGCAGGCUCGGCGAAGUCAAGUUCCUCGGCGACCAGGUGAUGGACUCUGUGAGCAAUCUGGACUCGCAGCAGAUAGAGGAGCAGAUCAAGUCCGUCGAGAGACGGUACGCCGAUAUCGCGAAGAAGCUGCAGAGGAAGGCGCAGGUCCUGGACAUGACUGCUCAGGGCAUCGAAGCCACCAGGCAGGAGAUCGAGGAGAACAGGGAUUGGAUACAGCGGAAGAAACAGCAGGCGCAAUUGGCGGAUCCCGUGGGCUACGAGAGCAAGCUGGCCGAGGAGAAGCUGCUCGCGUUGAAGGCUCUGCUGAAGGAGGCUGAGGGGAAGCAGUUGGUGAUCGACAACCUGGAGAAACGAGUGGGCAACAUGCAGAACGAGCUGGAGACCAACGAGCAGCAGCAAUUGGAGAACGAAACGAAAGCUCUUCGGGGCGAGCAAGCCGAGCUCUGCAACAUCCUGACCGAAGGGAUUUCCAGCGCGACCGCCGCAGCCGACGCUCGUCGCAAGUUCGAGGCCGACCUGCAACGAGCCAGGGCCUGGAUCAAGUCCAAGAGCAACAAUCUGAAGAAGCUGAGCGGCUAUUUGCCGUUGAAAGCCGCCAAAGUCGAACGAGACAUCGUCCAGCACGGCGAGUUGGAAGCGGGCGUCGAUUCCUUCGGCGAGAACGAUCUAAACGACGUUCUGAAGCACGGGAAUACUUUGCUGAAGGAGUGCAGCGACGAAGAUCGUGCCAAGUUGGAAGCGGUGUUGGAGGAGUUGAGCAAGGACUACGACGAGCUGAAGAACGAGGCGAGAGAGAAACAGGCGGCGCUCGCGGAUCUUCUGCAGGGCCGAAAGGCGUUCGAGAACGAGAUCGACAAGUGCCAGAGGUGGAUCAACGAGGCCGAGGUUGCCACUUCGUCGGAUCUGAGGACCUCCGGCAUCGACGUUCUCAGGGAGCAGCUUGCCAAGUACGACCGUCUGAAGAAGGAGGCCCAGGAGUUCACGGACGACAUCGAGAAGAUCCUUCAGCAAGGUAAAUCGAUCCUACCGACCGUCAGCGACGCGGACAAGCUCGAGCUGAACGAACAGCUGCGAAACAUGAAGGAGGCUCACGGCCGAGUGGCUGGAAUCGUGAACGAGCGAGCCCAGGCUCUCCGGAAGAACAUCGACGAGGCCGAAGAAUCGUUGGCCCGUGUCGCGGAGGCUGUGCGAUACAUGACGGACGUUCAGAAGGAGCUGCACGAGCUGAACAAGCCGAUCGGUUCCAAGGUGGAAGACGUCGAAGCCAUGCUGGACGCUUACGAGAGAAUCCUGAACGAUCUGAAGGCGAACAAGGCGAAGCUGUCGGACCUGGGAUCGGUGAACGUGGCCGAUCUUCACGGCGUCUCGACUCGGCAGGACGAUCUGAUAAAGGCUAUCGAGGGACAGAUCGCGAGGCUUCGACAGUUGUUGCUGUUGAGGCAGCAAUUCAUCGCUCUGAUCGCCGAGAUCACCACCUUCGUUGCCAAGUACACGGAGAUCGUCAGGGACAUUGAGAACUCUGGUCAGACCACGGAGGAAAAGAUCAAACGGUACGACGACGCGAUUCUCAAGAUCCAAGAGUGCGAGGCCCUCCUGGCCAGCGCCACCGACAAGGGACAGCAGAUCGCGGCCGAAGGAUCCUCGGUGGACAGGAACAACGUCACGGAGCAACUGCAAUCGCUGAAGCAACAACUUCAGGGUCUGAGAAGGGCAGUGGAGACGCAGCGAGAGCAACACGAAUUGGCCGCCGCCGAGCACAAGAGAUUGGCGAACGAGUUGUCGGAGAUCCUCGACCGGUUGGAAGACAAGGAGAAAGAGGUGAAGUCGAGGCCGCUUCUCGAACGGGAUCCGAGCAGCGUGGAAGGGGAGCUGAGGAAACACGAGGAGCUCCGCGAGGCCGUGAACGAGUAUCUCGACAGGAUCAAGAGCCUGAAGAACUCGAUCCCCUACGAGGAAGGAAUGCCCGGAUCGUUGAAGGAGAUGCUGAGCGAGGCGGUGUCCUUGCUGACCUCCUUGCCCAGGGAGUUGGAGGAACGCGGCAACUAUUUGGAGAGCAACGCGAAGAUGCGACAAGAGUACGCCGCGCUCACCGACAAGCUGCAGAGUUGGGUCCGCGAGGCUGAGAUUCGGCUGGAGAGCGACAAGGACGGGCUCGACUUCGAGAACAUCCUCAGCGACCUGGAAGAGCACAAGAUUUACUUCAGCAGCGAGCCGUCCAUUCGCGAGCUCGUCUCUCAGCAGAUUCAACAGGCGGCCGACAAGAUCUGGCCGUCGUUGACCAAUACCGAGCAAGAGGAACUGAGCGCGGAGCAGCAACAACACACUCAACUGCUGAAGAACACUCUGAACACGGCGAAAUCGCAACGCGCCAGGCUGGAACAAGGCGCCGAGACCUGGAGGGACUACGCGGAAACGUUGCAACGGGUGCGGGCCGUCGUCUCGAGAACCAGAUUCACCGACGAACCCGUCACCACCCUGGCCGGUCUGCAGUUCAACGUUCAGAAAAUCACGCACGCUCUGAACGACGUACAGAAUCAACAAUUCGAAUUGGAUCUCCUGAACGAACGGGGUCAAGAGGUCCUCGCCAUGGCGGAUGCGAACAACAAGAAAACCAUAGAGACUCGAAUUUCCGAAACCGGAGCCGAAUGGAAGGAAUUGGUUUCCGGGUUGGAAGGUCGCAGAGACGCCCUCGAAGCUCUCGCGAAGCACUGGGAAGAACUGGAAGCUCGGUGGUCGUUGGUCGAGAGUCGGAUCAAUGCCACGGAAGAAAAAUCGAAACUCGUGGACCGCGUGAUCCGUUCGAAGAACCACUUGCUCGAGACCAUCCAAGCUCGGCGCGAACUGGCGACCGAGGCCGAGAAGCUGAAGCCAAUGGCGGAGGACGCGAGAGCCCUCGCAGGACCCGUUCUCGCGUAUCUCGCAGCCUUCACCGAAGCUCCGGCACACGUUCUGGAGAAAAAGCUGGACAAAUUGCAGGGUUCCGUCGAAGCGCUCGUCGACUCCCUGCGGAAGAGAUCCCGGAAGGCGGACGAGGACUUGGAGGCGUUCGAGAGCAUCGAGCGCGAGAUCGAUCAGCUGAGGAAGCGUCUGAACGAGGCGCGCGACCGCGUCUCGGGGCUAGAGGUGUUCGGGCCCGACCAGGACGCCUGCGAGGAAUCGUUGGAUCGACUCGUGUCGACCGUCGAGGAGCUGCUCGACGCGGCGAAAAAGUUCUCGGGAAGCACUAAGGCGCGGUAUCAAGCUAGCCAGCAGCUGGUGCCGAGCGAUCUGUCCCAGCACCUGACGGGCCUCGAGCUCUGCGCGGAGGCGACUGCGCAGGCGAUGGAGGAGAAGCAGAGGGAACAGAAACGGGCCCGAACCGUCCGCUCGGAUUAUCUGACCGACCUGGACGAGGUUCAGGCCUGGAUACGCCAGGCCGAGCUCAAGGUUCAGGAUCGAUCGAUCGAGCCGGGUCCGUUGAAGGAGCAGCUGAAGCAGGUGCAGGACGAGCUGGGAACGAUCGCGGACAAGCUCGAGCGAUUGACGAGAAACGGGCGAACCAUCGCGGAGAACACCAGGGACGACACCGAGAAACAGCUGAUAGAGAGCACCGUGCGGAACGUGACCGAACAGCUGAGCCAGGUCGGCGACUGGCUCGACGAGAGGAAGCAGCUCGUCGCCGACGCGAUCGACGCCUGGCAGAGGUUCUGGACCCUCUACGAGGCUGUCCAGGCCUGGACGGAGGAAAAGAAGCGAUUCCUGGUCGAGCCGCUCAAGCUCGCAACUCUGGUGCAGGCCAGGCAGAGGCUGCACGAGUAUUCGACCGCGGCCAAGAGCUGCAAGCAGAUUAACAGGAACCUGAGCGAGAUGGGCAAAGAGCUCGAGAGCAUCGGUCAAGUCUGCAGCGUGGGCGUGCUGCCCGAGAAGCUGCUGGAAGCCGAGGAAGCGAAGGUGCAGGUGGAGGGUCGGCUGUUGGAGAGGAACGCUCUGCUGCAAGAGACCAGCGAGGAAUGGGAGCAGUGCGAGCGAAAGAUGAAGGAGGUGAAAUCGUGGAUCGAGAAGGCUAGGCAGAGCCUGGAAUCGCCGCAGGGCAAGAAGAAACCGCUGAGGGAUCAGCACAGCGUGCGCGAAAAGAUGCUGAGCGACGUGGCGAUACAGAAAACGAAAAUCGGUAUAUCGAUGGAGAAGCUGCAGGUGCACUUCCGCUCCGGAAUCGGCGGGGAUAGUCGCAUCGGCGAGACGGUCGACGAACUUUUGGCCGAUUUGGACAGCCUUCACGGCACCGUGAAGGAACAGGUCGCGUCUUUGGAGGCUUGUCUGACUCGGAUCGAUCGAUAUCAACAGGAGAUACAGCAGCUGAGGCAGCAGAUCGUCCAGGUGGAGCAGCAGCUGAGGACGGUGCUGAGCCCGACGUACCUCUCCGCCGACAAGGAGAAGGCGCUGCAGGAGCAACAGUUCUGCCGAGAGAAGAUCAAGUCGUUGCAGAGCAAAAUUCAGGCGCGCACGGAAAGAUCGAAGAUUCUCGCGCAACGCGGAACGCCCGAUCCCGAACCGUUGGAUCCGUGACGGUGGAGACGGCCGUGAACGGUCGCGGCCGCGGCCCUUUGAGAAACGACUCGGUUCCGACGGCUAGCGUCGUCCGAUCCUCGCGUUUGUUCGUUCUCCCGCGUAAUUCCAUCCGGGACGAGGAUAAGAGCGUCGGAACGGAUCGCGGAAUCGCAAACUUCUCGAUAGGUUGGUCGGACCUCGACGAAAUUCGAAACGUCCGAAAUCUCGAAAAUUGGCAUCCGUUCGGACGAUACGUCGAGGGUUUCUCGAGACCCGAAAAUUCGUGUUCCGGAGAUUCUAGAAAACUCGGGGGUUUCAGAAGUUUCGGCGUCUCGAGAGCCGCGAAACCAGAAGUUACGAGGUCCGGCGCGAAAAUAUCUCCGCUCCCGGAUGGAAACUGUUUUUACCUCAGGAUCUUUUUUAGCGAAACUUUAUACAUACGUACGUACAUGCGUGCAUACAUACAUACA